AUGCCAGGGAUACCACCAAGUAUGGAUUUGCUCAGAAUUCAUUCGAACAAUAAGACUGAAGUCAGCAUGUUUAUACUCAGGGGAUUCACAGAUGAUUUUGAACUGCAAGUCAUCUUAUUUUUACUAUUUCUAGCAGUCUAUCUUUUUACUCUAGUAGGCAAUUUGGGAUUGGUGUUAUUGGUAAUAGUAGAUUCUCGGCUACACAACCCCAUGUACUAUUUUCUGAGUGUGCUAUCAUUCUUGGAUGCCUCCUAUUCUAGCGUUGUCACACCAAAAAUGUUGGUAAAUUUCCUUGCAAAGAAUAAAUCCAUUUCUUAUGCAGGGUGUGUCACAGAAAUGCUUCUCUUUGUGACUUUUGGAACCACAGAAUGUUUCCUUUUGGCUGCUAUGGCUUAUGACCGCUAUGUAGCCAUCUACAACCCCCUCCUGUACUCGGUGACCAUGUCAGCCAGAGUUUAUCUGCCACUCAUCAUUGCUUCCUAUCUUGGUGGCAUUACACAUGCAUUGAUACACACAGUGGCUACUUUUAGCCUGUCCUUCUGUGGAUCCAAUGAAAUCAAGCAUGUCUUCUGUGAUAUCCCUCCACUACUUGCUAUUUCCUGUUCUGACACAAAAAUAAACCAGCUUCUACUCUUCUACUGUGUAGGGUCUAUUGAGAUAGUCACUAUUCUGAUUGUCCUGGUCUCCUAUGGUUUCAUUCUUUUGGCCAUUCUGAGAAUGCGUUCAGCUGAAGGGAGGAGAAAAGUGUUCUCUACCUGUGGCUCUCACCUAACUGGAGUGUCCAUUUAUCAUGGGACAAUCCUCUUCAUGUAUGUGAGACCAAGUUCUAACUAUGCCUUGGAGCAUGACAUGAUCGUGUCGACAUUUUACACCAUUGUGAUCCCCAUGCUGAAUCCCAUCAUUUACAGUUUGAGAAACAAAGAUGUAAAGGAGGCAAUGAAGAAAUUAUUGAAAAGAAUUUGGUUCAUCAAUCAAGUGGAUUUUUAA